AUGUCGGAUCUGUAUACUUCUCUGCAAGUUUCUCCUAGAAAGAAAAGAUGCCCUCCUGAGCUGGAUGAUGGACUUACAAUGACACCCAAAAAGCUGAGAACCGCCCCUCCCACACCCCCACCCUCUAGCUCUCGUGUAAAAACCAUCUCUCUAAAACAGACAUUGCCACUCCCUCUGGCCCGUUUGUACAACAUUCAAACGGCACUGCAGCAUGCACUUUCGCAUGCCCUAGCGACCUGCGCCAUUUCGCCCACAACAGACUCCGGACAUGUUAAGAAUGUCUUAAAUCAUAUCUCUCUGACAACAUAUACUGGCCUUUCUACGACUUUUGAUGUAGAUGAUCUGAAGCGCCUCUGCUGGUUAUGGGAGUGGGAUGGCAAAUCUUCAUGCAAUACCAAACGAUUGGAAAAGACUGAAGACGAAGAUAACCCUUUUAUAAUGGAUGCACCAUCGGAGCCACCUCUGACAGAUUGGUCUCGAGGAUCAAUGGGUAUUAUCAUCACUCCCGCUACUCAUUUUUCCAAAGUUGAUCGCAAACGCGUUCCUGCCUAUGGUAUCGGUAUAGAAGUUGAAAUGGACAUUGACAAAGACAUGGGAGGGGGGAUGGCUGCAGUGGCUCGCUGGACUGCUGGAGCUGAGACUCGACUGUCAGAGCUCUCCACAAAAUUGAAGCGCUGGAUAGAGCUUAAUGGCGACGCUGCUUCAUUACCAGAAGUUCCUCUUGCCGACCUUCCUGAACUAUCUGCUCCUAAAGUGUCUUCUCUUACACGCACUCUAGCUUCCUUCUCUCCUUCAUCUGCUUCUUCAUUACAGCUUCCUACGGUACCUUCAUCUCCUUCCCGCUCACCUGUCAAAAAGACUGCCCGUGAUUUGCCGAUACAUCCUCCCACUACCUUGUUGACCAAGUCCCCUUCCAAGAAGAACACUGUAUUAUUUCCACAAACACCGUCGCGACGUGACAGAAAUAUCUUUCCAAGUUCAGGCUCAGGACCGCCUCAGACUCCUUCAACGGCCGCUUCAUCUCCAUCCAAGGAUUCCUUACCUUCCACCCCAGUCCGCCAACAGGGACCUGACAAUACUCCAUUACAAACACCAUCUACAUCCCGUCGCCAAGCACUCUAUGAGCGUGUCAGGCAGAGGUCCUUAUCUAUGUCUCCCACAAAGGCACCCCGUGAUGCUAAUGGAAAAACCCCAACUCGAGAUCAGAUGUUGAAGAUGUCACAAGAUGAGUUAAGGAGAAGAUGCCUUCUAGGACGACUGAGUGGCAUCGCAGAAAGCAUCUGGAUGCUUUUCUCCAACCCGAGUAGUGGUGGUUCUUCAACUCCUUCACGAAAAAGGCGUGCCCUACCUACUCGCGAUGUUGUAACAUCCAUUGUCAAAUCGUCUCCAGUGCCACUUUCAACCUCAGAGGCAAAUGAAUCAAUUACUAUGCUAAUUAAGCUCUGUCCAUUCUUCUUGAAAAAGUUGGACAUAUCAGGGGACGAUUGGCUGGAGAUGCCUGCUCCCGUUUCAGCUACUGCUGCGAGCGCAGGAGAUUUAGGCUCUCCCAGUAAGGUUGGACAGGCUGUUCCUUCCAGCCCUGGUCGGCUUAAGGGGAAAGAUGAAAGCGCACAAGAAUUGGUCAAUCGUAGUCCCCGCCGAAUCAAAAGAGAAAUAGGUGGUCUACGUGAAGUUAGAGAAAUUAUUCGACGCGAGCUGGAACUCCAGGAUUGA